AUGAGUCCGUGUAGCGCGUCGAGGCCGCUGCUCGGCUCUGAGCUGUGUGUGGCGCCGUGAUGGAGGUAGCACCGUGUUGUCGACUUGUGGUAGGAAAACUGGCAUCUUACUGAACGCAGCUGUGUCGGUGUAGGAGCGACACUCAAACAACCCGUCCUCGGUAUUAUGCAACAUCUGUUGCCAGAUGUUUUCCUGUAACUGUGAGCAGGCUUGUGCUCUGACUGACUGCUGAACGCGGUGUUAUGUGUUGACUGAAGCAGACCAGUGCGUCACGGAUCUAUAACUACAAGAUGGACACUGGGGAAGAAGCUGAUAUAUGUCGAGUGUGUCGCUCCGAGGGAACUCAGGACAAACCCCUGUACCAUCCUUGUGUCUGCACUGGAAGUAUUAAAUUCAUUCACCAAGAAUGCUUGGUGCAGUGGCUGAAACACAGCCGAAAGGAGUAUUGCGAAUUAUGCAAGCACAGAUUUGCUUUCACGCCAAUUUACUCUCCAGACAUGCCUUCACGGCUUCCAGUACAGGACAUUUUUGCAGGUCUGGUGACCAGUAUAGGCACAGCCAUCCGAUACUGGUUCCAUUAUACACUGGUGGCCUUUGCCUGGCUGGGAGUUGUACCUCUAACAGCAUGUCGAAUCUAUAAGUGUCUGUUUACUGGGUCCGUAAGCUCCCUCCUGACACUGCCGUUAGAUAUGCUUUCCACGGAGAACCUGCUGGCGGAUUGUCUGCAGGGCUGCUUCGUUGUGACCUGCACCCUCUGCGCCUUUAUAAGCCUGGUGUGGUUACGGGAGCAGAUCGUUCAUGGUGGUGCUCCACUGUGGCUGGAACAGAACCAACAGCAACCUGCCAACGCAGCAGGGCAGCCUAAUGAGGCUCCAGUUGCAGGAAAUGGAGGUGUGGAGAAUCAGCCCGCGCCUCCCCCGGCUGAUCCCCCUGCAGAGAACGCAGCAGCUGAGGCGAUCGACCCCCAGCCCGACCAAGCCGAGGAGCUGGAGCUGGAUAACGAGGAGGAGGAGGAGGAGGCGGGCGCCGAGGACGCAGCUGACGCCAAUAAUGGUGCACAAGAUGAUAUGAACUGGAACGCUUUGGAAUGGGACCGUGCUGCUGAGGAGCUCACGUGGGAAAGGAUGCUUGGACUUGAUGGCUCUCUGGUUUUCCUGGAGCAUGUAUUCUGGGUGGUGUCUCUCAACACGCUCUUCAUUUUGGUGUUUGCCUUUUGUCCAUACCAUAUUGGGCACUUUUCAGUAGUGGGACUUGGCUUUGAAGAUUACGUUCGUGCUUCUCACUUCGAGGGCCUCAUCACCACCAUUGUGGGUUAUGUCCUGUUGGCAGUGACGCUCAUUGUGUGCCAUGGAUUAGCUGCAUUGGUUAGGUUCCAAAGAUCGCGGAGAUUGUUAGGAGUCUGCUAUAUUGUGGUUAAGGUGUCCUUGUUGGUAGUUGUAGAGAUCGGCGUAUUCCCUCUAAUCUGUGGCUGGUGGCUGGAUAUCUGCUCCCUGGAAAUGUUUGACGCAUCCCUAAAAGACCGGGAGCUAAGUUUUGAGUCGGCUCCAGGCACCACCAUGUUCCUGCACUGGCUUGUAGGCAUGGUCUACGUCUUCUACUUUGCAUCCUUUAUCCUCCUGCUCCGAGAGGUUCUCAGACCAGGAGUUUUGUGGUUUCUCAGAAACCUUAAUGAUCCAGAUUUUAACCCAGUCCAAGAAAUGAUCCACCUUCCAAUAUACAGACAUCUGAGGCGAUUCAUACUAUCAGUGGUGGUGUUUGGGUCGAUAGUCCUGUUGAUGCUCUGGCUACCCAUACGGAUAAUCAAACACAUCUUGCCAGCCUUCCUUCCCUACAAUGUGAUGCUCUACAGUGAUGCUCCAGUAAGUGAGCUCUCCCUAGAGCUCCUGUUGCUGCAGGUGGUUUUGCCAGCUCUGUUGGAGCAGGGACACACACGGCAGUGGCUGAAGGGUUUGGUGAGAGCCUGGACAGUCACAGCUGGUUACUUACUAGACCUGCACUCGUAUCUGCUGGGAGACCAGGAGGAGAACGAGAACAACGCCAACCAGGCAGCCAACAACAACAACCAGCAACCACGGAACAACGCUAAUGCCAUUCCUGUAGUGGGUGAAGGCCUACAUGCAGCACACCAGGCCAUCCUGCAACAAGGAGGCCCUGUGGGUUUCCAGCCCUACCACCGUCCUGUGAAGUUCCCUCUCAGGAUUGUAUUGCUGAUCCUUUUCAUGUGUGUGACGCUGCUCUUGGCCAGCUUGGUGUGUCUCACUUUGCCAGUGUUUGCUGGCCGCUGGCUCAUGUCGUUCUGGACGGGCACAGCGAAGAUCCACGAGCUGUACACGGCAGCAUGCGGACUGUACGUGUGCUGGCUGUCCAUCAGGGCUGUCACCGUGCUGCUAGCCUGGAUGCCUCAGGGCCGCAGAGUCAUCCUGCUCAAAGUCCAGGAGUGGACACUCAUGAUCAUGAAGACGCUGAUUGUGGCAGUUCUGUUAGCUGGUGUGAUUCCACUGCUUCUGGGUUUGCUGUUCGAGUUGGUUAUCGUGGCUCCUCUCCGGGUCCCGCUCGACCAGACACCUCUGUUCUACCCCUGGCAGGACUGGGCAUUGGGAGUGCUGCAUGCCAAAAUCAUCGCCGCCAUCACCCUGAUGGGCCCUCAGUGGUGGCUGAAGACCGUCAUUGAGCAGGUAUAUGCCAACGGAAUCCGCAACAUUGACCUACAUUUCAUCAUCCGAAAGCUGGCUGCUCCCGUCAUCGCCGUGCUGCUGCUGUCCCUCUGUGUGCCCUACGUCAUUGCCGUAGGCAUCGUCCCCAUAAUAGGGGUCACCCUGGAGAUGCAGAACCUGGUUCAGAGGAGAAUCUACCCCUUCCUGUUGAUGGUCGUGGUUCUGAUGGGAAUCCUCUCUUUCCAAAUCCGACAGUUCAAGCGCCUUUAUGAACACAUCAAGAACGACAAGUAUCUCGUAGGACAGAGACUUGUGAACUAUGAACGUAAAGCUGGUAAACCCAGCACGACUACACACAGCAGCUCAGUGCAGGAAUAAAAGCUUCAGGAAACGUGUGCGCACCUGUGUGUGCGUGCGCGUUCGUUCGUUCAGAUAUGGCCCCUUUCCCUCUUGUUGUGUGUGUGCGCGCGUGUGUCCAUCAUUUCUCAUAUCCAGUCCAAGAUUCAUGAACUCCUGGUGUCCCGAAAUUUUUUUUUUUUCUUUUCCUCCUGCCUGCAACCUGAGAACCGAGAUGUUUAUAAACUUACAAAAAAAAAGCAAGAAAUUCUUCAAGCCAACCAACUUGGAUUUAAAAGUGUCACUGUACAUCUUUGGGGAGGGGAGGGGGAAAAAAGUAUGUAUAUUAAUUUAUUAAAUCUAGUUGUCACUUUACUUUGUGGAAUCCUGUUGCCUGGUCAGUACCGAUGCCAAGGUCGUGCUCUCCGAUCCUGAGGACCGUGUUCAGGAGCUUGGGGCUGAGGAUGCACUCAGGCACGCACAUCUUGGCACUCAGCUGUGAUAUUAGAAACCUUUUAUUUAUUUGAUUUCUAAGAAGCAUGUUAAGAGUUUAAUUACAGGUCCUCACCUGAGCUGAAGCGGUCGGUUCGUGAUUGUUUUAAUCUUCCUAACGAUGUCGAGGACAUGGCUGGAGUGUGGAUUUGAGGCUCAGAUCUCAGAAGACAAACCAAUCCCACACCUUAUGUGACUGUGGCACUCUCUUAUGCAGAGCACUGGGGAAGUUGGGACGGGAUAGGCAGCAUUAAUUUUACUGAAGCACAUCGUAUGUGAGCACGGAAACUGCACCGUGAAGCUGGAUAGUAGUGUUUAGGUCUCACGGUGAGCUGUGAAGACUUUCUGUCCAGUUCUGAAGCUCUCCAUCCUUUCUGAUAACGCAAGAGACUGUCUUGUGUGCUGAUUGCCUCAGUGGCUAGAAUAACACGAGUUUCCUGUCAAUGUUAUAAAGCUGUUGGUCUUGGACUUCACCUUCCUGACGUUACUGUACACGAAUGAAUGAUUGUGCUUCAGAAAAUCUUGAAAUGUCUUAAAAGCAAUAGGUCGGAAGUCUGAUCAGAUAGUGAAUCAGUGUUCAUACGAGUUCACCUCGAUCCGUCAAGCUGGUAUGAAUUUUUCUCAAAAUCAGUCAACGCUUUACAAUGCGGGAAGACCGAUCCAGUUUGGUAGAACAAAAGCAUUUUGUGUCCGUAUUCCAAAAGAUUUCCUAACCGCUUGUACAUAAUGUAAAUUUUACAAUACCGACAGCUCACAUUUUGUAGCAAAGUCAUUUCUUCACGUCUGCCACAAAACUGCCCACAGAAUUAACCGAACCUGGAAACUGUAGGCUUCUCUCAAUAUUGUUUGGGCUCCUUUUAAAAGCAAAAUGUUUCUAUUUUUAUAUGUGCAUGUAGUGACUGGCUGGUUCUCGAUCGCGUAUGUCUCUCCCGCAUUCGGAGUUCCUCGCCGAGUUUCUUUCAGAAGCGAGGCGACUGUGUGGCGCUGUGUAGGAUGUAGGCGGCUUGCUGGUACAGUACUAAAGGCUCUCACACGUCAGGUCAGCGCAACCUUGUCCUAUCCGUAGCAUGUUCGUGUGAGACGUAUUCAGUAUUCUGAAUGUUUUAAAACCCUGCUAGGUGGCUGAAACUGUAAUUACAUCCUUAUACAGGCAGACAAGUACUUUUUUCUUUUUUCUUUGUUUGUUUGUUGGAAGAUUUUAUUACAAAUAUUAAAUCAAAAGUGUGAUACA